CCCCUCCCGGCAGCCCGACGGGAUGCUGGCGGAAUGUUCUGAGGCGGGAUCUUGAGGGAGACCCAGGUGUUGGGACAACGUCCACGGGGGUCCUUAUCGCUGCAGGGUUGUAACACAUCAGCGUUACUGCGCGCUCAGCCGCUUCUCUCCGGUCUUCUUUGGACACAGAGGCCACAGCGCGCGUGUGUGCGUGUGUGGAGAAGAAGAACAAGAAGCCUACGCGGAAGUUGAUAGUCCGACGGCAGCUGUUUUCCAGAAGUUUGCGAUGAGGAGCGGCGUCUUCCUGCUGCUGCUCGCGGCUCUCACCUGCGGCCUCGCCCGGGGGGACGACGGCGAAGGCGAGGAGCUGCAGGUGGAGACCCUGGUGAAACCCGAAACGUGCUCCGUGCUUUCCACGAUGGGGGACACGCUGCGAAUCCACUACACGGGUAAACUGAUGGAUGGAAAGGUGAUCGACUCGUCACUAUCCAUGGAUCCUCUUGUGGUCGAGCUGGGGAAGAGGACGGUUAUUGCCGGUCUGGAACAAAGCUUGGUUGGUGUUUGUGAAGGGCAAAAAAUCAAAGCCACUAUUCCAUCUCACCUUGCAUACGGAAAAAAAGGUUACCCUCCCACCAUUCCAGGUGACGCUGCCCUUGAGUUCGAGGUGGAGGUGGUUUCUCUGACACAGCAGACGUCGUGGCAGAAAAUGGUCAACGACGUGUUGCCCCUUGUGUGUUUGGCUCUGGUGCCCACUCUGCUCGGCUUGGUGGGACUUUACCUCUACAAAAAAGCCAACGUUGAGAAGCCAAGCAAAAAGAAGGCAAAAGAUAAGAAGAGCAAGAAGAAAUAAGGACACGACACAGAAUUAUUUAAAUAAAAUUUUAAAAUUGUACUUGUUUUUUUUGGUUUAUAUGUUCAGAAAAUUGAGUAGAUUAAACUGCCAACUCUGACACCACCCACUGAGCCACACUUACAAAAGAUAAGUUUACUUAUUGCUAAAAGCUGAGAGAUCAAAAUGUAACACGUUUAGUUUAAGAAGCAGCUGUGCCUCAGCAGAACCACAAAAUGAAAUACCUGUGACCUACUUUGUGUUUUAAAGUCCAAGCACACCUUCACAGCCUGCUGAAUGCUGCACUAAUAAUUUCUGAACAUUUUUGUUGUAUUUUAUUGUGAAUGUAUUAAAUAGCACAGAUGUGCACAGACCUGCUUCAUAAAUGGCAGAGCACCAUUACAUUAGCACCAUUACAUUACAUGUCAUUUAGCUGACGUGGUGUCUUUUUAUCCAAAGCGACUUACAAUAAGUACACAAGCACCAUUGAGUAAUAACCUUAUGAAGAAACAUGAUUACCAAAAAAGAUGUGUUGUUAAUAGAUAUCAUUUGGAGAUGCCACACACUUUAAAGAUACAUUGAAAAAAAACUAGCAACUGGCCAAGAAAUAUGCUUAUCUGCAGCUUUUUUCAUUUGAAUGUUGGUGUGUUUGGUGAUCUCAUGUGGCUGUAGUGCAACUCCACAGAUACUUUUUAACCCAAUGCUACAGAUGCUGAAGGUUGAUCCACAACAAGCCCCACGGUGCGACUUGAAAGUCCAGUGAAAGAAAAGAGGGAGGUAUCAGGAUUAUGCAUUAAAUACAAAAAGCUGUGAGUCUACAAACAUUUGUAUUCAAAUUGAUUAAAUAAAACCUCUCCUGCUGAAAACAC